AUGGAUUAUCCAGAACACGCAUUCUCUAGAGAAGUGCUGGAACAUUUUAUAGACCCACAUUCGUUGCUGCCUCUCAGUCCGCCUGGAAGUCGUUUCCCGCAUUUGGGUUUCGUCAGACAGGUUCGUCGGAAAUGGAUUAUCUCAUCAAGGAAAACUAUCACCCUAAAGGUGUACGUCAUCAACAGCCCUCACGUUUUGGAAGCGGUCCGAACACAUUUCAAUUGCGGAACCCUGGAAGGUGCUCAGUUGGAAAACGACGGUGGUCCCGGUACGAGUAACGUUCAUUGGGAGAAGCGGCUUUUUGGGCCCGAGAUAAUGACAGGCGAACUAAGCAGAAAUGCGAUUUUCUCACAGAUUACUGGGGCUCUCCUGAAGGAUUCAGGGUGGUAUAUGAUCGAUGAACGCAUGUUGGAACCUUUGACAUGGGGCGCUUCUAAAGGCUGUCUUUUUGCAACCGCAAGCUGCCGAGAAUACAUGGACUUUCAACCGUAA